AUGACCAGUGCUGCUGGUGGAACGACAACAAAACAAGCCUUUGGUCGACAUGGAUUUAUUGGCAGUUUAUAUGAUAUUCGUAGUGAUCGAUUUGAAGGUGGAAAUUUAUUCAACCGACCAUUGCCACCAUCAAUAGUUUUAACAACUGAUUCUGCCAACUCAGAUUAUAUUGUUGAUGAGAACCUGUCUCAAAAAGAGACAUUCAAUAAACUCAAUAUUGAAGCAUCCAUGAAAUUAAGUCUGUUGGCUGGUCUACUUAAAGUUGAAGGUUCGGCGAAAUAUUUAAAUCAAACAAAAACCGAUAGUCGAACAGUUCGAGUUACAUUUAUGCUAAAUUUCAAAACAAAACAAGAACAUUUACAGAUAAGUAGUGCUGAUUUAUACAAUUAUUUUUCAUCCGAUGCCUUAGAAAAUCGAAACGCAACACAUUGUGUUAUUGGUAUUAUAUGGGGAGCACGAGUUGCAGCAACAUUUGAACAAAUUCUAUCCAGUUCUGAAGCAGCCGAAGAGCUUCAGGGUCGUCUAGCAGUGUCAUUAAAAAAAGUCGCCAUUGAAGCAAGUGGUGAAGGUGGAUUGGAACAUACGCAUAACGAAAAUUCUAAAUUUGAAUCAUUGAAAAUUAACUUUUCUGGUGAUAUUUUGAUAGAAGAUGUUCCACAUACCAUCGAUGAUGUUUUCAAUAUAUUUAAAAAGGUACCAUCUCUAUUAAAAAAGUUAAAUGAUGGAAAAGGACAACAGCUGGAAUUUGAAUUAUAUCCAUUGCAACGAAUGGCAGAAAUUUUCAAACAUGAAUUACGCAUUCAACGAAUGAUCAAAGAAGUAAGCAACAGCGUAGUGACUCGUAUUGAAAAUAUUUUUGAACAAAUCAUUCAAGGAAAACGAAUGAUGAAUGAUUUUCUUGGCACAAUUGAACCGUGGAAAAAUUGGAUUUUGUCGGAUUGGAUUGAAAUAAUAUAUGUUCGACAACAACAGUUGGCAGGUGUCGAAUUAGAAACACAACGUCAACUUGCCUCAUUACUUGAAAAUAUUCGUCGCGGUGAGACUGAUGAAAAAACAAUGGUUGACUUAUUGGAUAAAUUCGAAGAGGAAAAUCCAUGUUCUGUUAUGUCAAUUAAAAAUUUUCUCAAAUCGAAUGCAUAUAUAAUGAGUAAAAUUGAAUCUUUAAGUGAAUUUGAUCAACAAGUGCUAGAUGAAAUACAUGAAAAAACACCUAAAACACCAAAUCCAACAAUUCUCUUAAAGAAUUUAAAAUCGAUCGAUGAUUUUGUUCAAAAAUAUUAUGAUAAUGAUAUUUAUUUAUUACAUAUUUCAAAUGAAUGGGAAGAGAAAAAUCGAGUGAAUUGGUACAAACAAUUGCGAUGCUUCACAUAUUUGUACAAGCUUGGACAGAAGAGUGAAGUGAAAAAAGAUAUUUUUCGCGUGAUCGAUCAUGAUUUACACGUCGGUUUGGAUCACAAACCUGACACUUGUGUUAUUUAUCAUGCUCAUCGAGGCAUUAUUACGACAAAAGAUUAUUAUCAUAUGUCGUUAACACAAUUAUCGUUGCAACAAAUACGAGAUAUUAAGAUAGAAAAUAAAUUUUUAACAUUGAGCAAUACAGACAUCGAAAAAUGGCAUAAAGAAUUCAUUGAAUCACAUCCUAGUGGAGAAUUGAACGAAAAUGAAUGGGUUGCUGAAUUUCAAAAGCUCUAUCCAAAAGGUGACCCACGACAUUUCUGUAACCUUUCAUUUCCAAUUAUCGAUAGAGAUCAUAAUGGUUUCAUAAGUUUUGUCGAAUUCAUGUCAGCAAUUUCUUUAGCAUUACCCAGCGAUAUGGAAAAAAAAGUAACAUUGUUUGAAGGCAAAUUACGAAUGGUGUAUGGCAUUCUUGCCGACCUUACCAACAUUGUCGAUUUCAUCACAUUAUCAACGCAAUGA